AUGUCCUCGAACGCGGUGACUGCUCUGUCUCUGGGAGGCGAAAGAGUCACUGGUGAGUCGGUCAGAAAGCAGAAUGGUAAGAACUUUGAGCCAUUUAUUUAUUGUAGUUAUGGCUGCAUGCUCGAUCGCGAACAUCGUCAAAACUAGUCUCGGGCCUGUCGGGCUGGACAAAAUGCUCGUGGAUGACGUUGGCGAUGUUACGAUUACAAAUGACGGUGCCACGAUUCUGAAGCUACUUGACGUCGAACAGCCAGCCGCCAAAGUCCUAGUUCAGUUGGCGCAACUGCAGGAUGAUGAGGUUGGCGACGGUACCACUUCCGUCGUUAUCUUGGCUGCUGAACUCCUACGGAAUGCUGACGAAUUAAUCAGCCAGAAAAUUCACCCCACGACAAUUAUAAGCGGGUAUCGCCUCGCUUGCCGCGAAGCAUGCAAGUACAUUCAAAACAACCUCGUCCUGGAUUCCGACUCCCUGGGAAAAUCGUGCCUCGUCAGCGUUGCGAAGACAUCAAUGUCGAGCAAGUUGAUUACCCUGUAA